UGCUCUGAGGCAGAACACAGGUUGUUCUCAGUGAUAUUCUCCAGCUACAAUCAGUACAUCCGCCCAGUGGAGAAUGUGUCUGACCCAGUUAUUGUGCAGUUUGAGGUGUCCAUGUCCCAGCUGGUCAAAGUGGAUGAAGUUAACCAGAUUAUGGAGACAAACCUGUGGCUGAGACAUAUCUGGAAUGACUACAAACUGAGGUGGGAUCCCAAAGACUUUGGAGGAGUGGAGUUCAUUCGAGUGCCUUCCAGCAGGAUAUGGAAGCCAGAUAUCGUGCUGUACAAUAAUGCAGUAGGAGAUUUCCAGGUGGAUGAUAAGACCAAGGCCCUACUUCGCUACAAUGGGGAUGUGACCUGGAUCCCUCCGGCCAUCUUCAAGAGCUCUUGCAAGAUUGACGUCACCUACUUCCCCUUUGACUACCAGAACUGCACCAUGAAGUUUGGCUCCUGGACGUACGACAAGGCCAAGAUAGACCUAGUUCUGAUUGGGUCCACCAUCAACCUCCAUGACUUCUGGGAGAGUGGAGAGUGGACGAUCAUCAACGCCCCGGGUUACAAACACGACAUCAAGUACAACUGCUGUGAGGAGAUCUACACAGACAUCACCUACUCCCUGUACAUCAGACGGCUGCCUCUCUUCUACACCAUCAACAUGAUCAUCCCCUGUCUGCUCAUCUCCUUUCUCACUGUGCUGGUCUUCUACCUGCCUUCUGACUGUGGGGAGAAGAUCACUCUAUGUAUCUCCGUCCUCCUCUCUCUCACUGUGUUCCUCCUGGUCAUCACCGAAACCAUCCCGUCUACGUCGCUGGUCAUCCCCCUCAUCGGGGAGUACCUCCUCUUCACCAUGAUCUUCGUCACCCUCUCCAUUGUCAUCACUGUGUUUGUGCUGAACGUGCACUACCGCACGCCCAAGACCCACACCAUGCCGUGCUGGGUGCGCAGCGUCUUCCUGGGGCUUCUACCCAGGGUGAUGUUCAUGACCCGGCCGGAGAGGGACCCUGAGAGGCUGCCUGAGCCUGGGGGGGUGGUUCAGCAGCUGAUGCCCCCAGCCUCACGGCCCUGUGUGGUCCACACCACAGGUACCCUGCAGGGGCAGCAGAAGCCCCAGGCCCUGGUCUCCACCGUGGCUGCCAGUGUGCUCCCGAGCCUGGCCCAGCGACAGCGCCUCUUCAUCAGCACGGAGCUCACCAACCUCAAUAACCUUAGCCUUGGUGGUGGUGGUGGUGACUCGGUCAAUGCGGGCUCCAGCUUCCUGUGUCGCGAGGGCCGCUGCAACUGCUGCUGGCGCCAGAGGUCCACCAAGCUGCCCACAGAGACGGGAGGAGGGGGUGGCGGGGUGGGGAGCAUCGGGACCUUCAGUGGAGGAGGGGCUGCUGGGAUUGGGGGGGUCUGUGGAGGCGGUGGAAGCUCCUGCUCCAGCUCAGAGUCUCUGGAUGGCAGGCUGAUGACCCUGUCCCCUCACUUCUCACCGGAGGUCAGGGAGGCCAUGGAAAGUGUCAAGUACAUCGCCGAAAACAUGAGAAUACAGAACGAAGCCAAGGAGGUUCAGGACGACUGGAAGUAUGUUGCCAUGGUGAUCGACAGGAUAUUCCUGUGGGUGUUCAUCUUGGUGUGUAUCCUGGGGACCGCUGGGCUCUUUAUCCAGCCCCUCCUAUUGUUCGAUAUGUGA